UCCUUGUCCUGAGCAUCCAUCUCAGCCACAACAACACCUCAACAGUGUUGCUUUGUUUUCUGAGAUAUAUAUUUUUCCUUUCCCUUUCGCCUGAUCUAUCCCUUUUGAUGAUUUGCUUUCUUGGCGCAUCCGUUCACACCGACUAAUCUGGCAGACUGCAUGGCAGCGCGAGGCCUCUCGCCGACAUCAUCAUUCAAAUCUGGCAACGGUCCUGUGCCAGAUGUCCCUCUUCACGACAUUCACGCCUCGCUCGCUGUACCAGGCCCUGGGAUCCGGCUUUUGACUUUUGAUGACGGCGGCAUACGAGGACUGUCUGAGCUGCUGCUACUUCGCAAGAUCUUGCUCCGAGUCCAACAAGGUUCAGGGCUUCCCAGUCUACCCGCGCCAUACGAAUACUUCGAUAUCAUUGCCGGAAGUGGAACAGGCGGCUUCAUUGCACUCCUUCUCGGACGGCUACGCGUCACCAUCGAGGAAGCGAUUGAAUGCUACGCGCGCCUCGUUACCCAGGUAUUCACGCAGAUCAAAUCAGACGGAAGCUUCAAAGCCACCUCCCUCGAGAAAGUGAUGCGAGAACUUUGCCACCGCUUUGGCGAAUCAGAGGAGAUGUCGAUCCUGGAUGACAUCCCUGCCCCGUGCAAAGCGUUCGUCUGUACCAGGGAACAGGACGCUACGGGACACGUUACCCACCGCAGGCUGCGAACAUAUCUGCAUCCUGGCGAGACCGCCUUUCAGUGCACUGUCGUCGAAGCUGUACGCGCCACCAUGGGCCAGGCCUUGUUCUUCAAACCUUUGUCGAUCGGCAAGGGCGAUGCUUCGAUCACUUACUUGGAUGCCGGAUACGAUCAUUAUAAUCCCGUCUUCGACAUACUCGAGGAAACACGAUUGCUCUAUCCUUCGCGUCAUAUGGCCUACUGCUUGAGUCUCGGAGCAGGAAAGGCCAAUACGGUCGGCGAGAACGGCCCUCGCAGGUUCAUAAACCAGCCAAGGCUGCCGCCGGCGACACUCGUUGCCCUUCGCCAUCUCGCAGAACGCUGCGACACUAUCGCGUCCGCUUUUGAGGCCCAGCACGGCGCCGAGUUCGACGAUAAAUAUUUCCGACUGACGCCCGCGCAUCCUUCUUAUGACGGCCGGAUACGGUGGGAGCAGGUCGACCCCUUGGAGGCCUUCGUGGCUCCGUACGUCGAAAGCGUUUACAAUCAGAUCGAAACGGUGGCUAUUGCGAUGAUGGAGGAAAGGGAUCUAAUAACGGCUAGCAGUCGCAAGAAAUUCAACAGGCAAUUUCGAGACUGGCGUUGACACGGCCUUGUCGUAGCGUAUGUAUGCAUGCACCAGGUGACCAGAUAUGUAUUCGAGCACGUAUGCAUCACCCGUCAAAAAAGGUCUGAACUUCAUUUACGUGUAUCUCUGCAAGAUUUCAUCAAGAUCUCGCCAUGUGUUGGGGG